AAGCAUUCAUGAAUUAGCAGGAUGAAGUUAAAGGAAAUAGAUCGCACAGCCAUGCAGGCGUGGAGCCCUGCCCGGAAUCACCCCAUUUACCUAGCUACAGGGACAUCCGCUCAGCAGUUGGAUGCAACAUUUAGCACCAGUGCUUCCCUGGAGAUAUUCGAAUUAGACCUUUCUGACCCAUCCUUGGAUAUGAGGUCGUGUGCCACUUUCUCUGCUUCUCACAGGUACCACAAGUUAAUUUGGGGGCCUUAUAAGAUGGAUUCCAAAGGAGACGUCUCUGGAGUUCUGAUUGCAGGUGGUGAAAAUGGGAACAUUAUUCUUUAUGAUCCUUCUAAAAUUAUAGCCGGAGACAAGGAAGUUGUGAUUGCCCAGAACGACAAGCAUACCGGCCCCGUGAGAGCCUUGGAUGUGAACAUUUUCCAGACUAAUCUGGUAGCCUCUGGUGCUAAUGAAUCUGAAAUCUACAUUUGGGAUUUAAACAAUUUUGCAACUCCAAUGACGCCAGGAGCCAAAACACAGCCCCCAGAAGACAUCAGCUGCAUCGCGUGGAACAGACAAGUUCAACAUAUUUUAGCGUCCGCCAGUCCCAGUGGCCGGGCCACUGUAUGGGACCUUAGGAAAAACGAACCAAUUAUCAAAGUCAGUGAUCAUAGUAACAGAAUGCACUGCUCCGGGCUGGCGUGGCACCCUGACGUCGCUACCCAGAUGGUGCUGGCCUCCGAGGACGACCGCCUGCCCGUGAUCCAGAUGUGGGACCUUCGCUUCGCCUCCUCUCCGCUGCGCGUCCUGGAAAACCACGCCAGGUACCGCGCCGCUGCUCCCAGCGCCCGGAUGCGUGUACUGGAAGUGUUUGGGGUCGUCGUUUACAAGUUUGGUGAUGUUUCUGUCACCAGACUUAUGUCGUGGGCCGGGCGCGGCGGCUCACGUGUUUGUAUGAAUAAAAACUUCCCACCAAACAACGGCAGUGGUGCUCGACAAAUUCAAGUUGUGUUUCCCCGAAACCGCCGUCCUGUCGGGCUUGCCGUUCUUCGAACGGCCGCAUUCAGUUGUGUAUUUCCAUUUUUCGAAACUGGCGAGGGAAAGCAACAGACGGGGGCUUUACGCAGAAGCAGUGGAGACAAAGUGGGUUUUCCGGAGCCGGUCGGCGCUGCUUUCUCAUUCGGAGGCAAACUGGUCACGUUCGAGAACGUCAGAGGGCAGUCUCAGCAGGGCGCCGAGCAGCCGCCAAAGCACCAGGUGUUCGUCAGCCAAGUGGUCACGGAAAGGGAGUUCCUCAGCCGGUCCGACCAGCUGCAGCAGGCCGUGCGGUCACAAGGCUACGCCGCUUACUGCCAGAAGAAAAUCGAUGCCUCUCAGGUCGAGUUUGAGAAAAACGUCUGGUCCUUUUUGAAGGUAAACUUUGAGGAUGAUUCUCGUGGAAAAUACCUUGAACUUUUAGGAUACAGAAAAGAAGACCUAGGAAAGAAGAUUGCUUUGGCCUUGAACAAAGCGGAUGGACCUGACGUGGCUCUUAAAGAUUCUGACCAAGUAGCCCAGAGUGAUGGGGAGGACAGCCAUGCUGCUGAAGAGCAGCUCUUGGGAGAGCGCAUUAAAGAAGAAAAACAAGAAUCUGAAUUUCUGCCACCAGCUAGAGGAACAUUUAAUAUUUCCAUCAGUGGGGAUAUUGAUGGCUUAAUUACUCAGGCUUUGCUGACGGGUAAUUUUGAGAGUGCUGUUGACCUUUGUUUACAUGAUAACCGCAUGGCUGAUGCCAUUAUAUUGGCCAUAGCAGGUGGACAAGAACUCUUGGCUCAGACCCAGAAAAAAUACUUCGCAAAAUCCCAAAGCAAAAUUACCAGGCUUAUCACUGCAGUGGUGAUGAAGAACUGGAAAGAGAUCGUUGAGUCUUGUGAUCUUAAAAAUUGGAGAGAGGCUUUAGCUGCAGUAUUGACUUACGCUAAACCGGAUGAAUUUUCAGCCCUUUGUGAUCUGCUGGGAAGCAGGCUUGAGAGAGGAGACAGCCUCCUGCAGUCCCAGGCCUGCCUCUGCUACAUCUGUGCCGGGAACGUGGAGAGGCUGGUUGCGUGCUGGGCGAAAGCCCAGGACCGAAGCCACCCCUUGUCCCUGCAGGAUCUGAUCGAGAAAGUCGUCAUCCCUGCGAAGGCGGUGCAGCUCACCAGGCCGCGGACGGGACGCCGUGGGGCGCUGCUGGCCGAGAAGUUGAGCCAGUACGCAGCUGCUGGCGGCCAGGGCAGCAUCGCCGCCGCCCUGGCGUUUCUGCACAACACCAACCAGCCAAAUAUUGUGCAGCUCCGUGACAGACUUUGUAGGGCGCAAGGAGAGCCCGUGCCAGGACACGCGUCACCAAAAGUCCCCUGCGAGAAGCAGCAGCUGCCUAAGGGCAGGCUGGGACCGAUUGCUGGCCACCCACCGAUGCCAAGAGUCCAGACUCAACAGUAUUAUCCCCAUGGAGAAAAUCCUCCACCUCCGGGUUUCAUAAUGCACGGGAACAUGAACCCCAGCGCUGCCGCCCAGCGCCCCACCUCUCCGGGUCACAUGCACGCCCAGGGGCCGCCUUUCCCACAGCCUCAGCCUUGUCAAGCAGCCCAGCAGUACUCCUUCGGAGCAGGGGGGCCAGCCGCGUACCGGCCUCAGCAGCCCGUUGCUCCUCCCGCUUCAAACGCUUACCCUAACACCCCUUACCUGCCUCCUGCUGCCUCCUACCCUGGGCCGUCUCCGCUGUACCAGGCCUCCGCGCCUGCCUCCAGCCCUGCUCCCGCCUUCCCUCCUCCCCCUCCCUCCGGAGGGUCCUUCCAGCACGGCGGGCCCGGAGCUCCGCCGGCGUCCUCAGCUUAUGCCCCGCCGCCUGGAACCCCAGGUACACUGCCUGCUGCCGGCGAGCUGCCUGCGUCCCAGAGAACAGAAAAUCAGUCUAUCCAAGACCAGGCACCUAUGUUGGAAGGUCCUCAGAAUGGUUGGAAUGACCCUCCAGCUCUGAACAGAGUACCCAAGAAGAAAAAGAUGCCUGAAAACUACACGCCUCCCGUCCCCAUCACGUCGCCGAUCAUGCACCCCGUGGGCGACGCCCCGUCCCAGGUGCUCCAGCAGCAGCCGGCCGCGCCGGUCCCGCCGCCCAGCCAGCCUGCCUUCCCGCAGCCCCACCUGGGCGGCGGCCAGCCCUUCCCCGGCGGCAUCCAGCAGCCCCUCGGCCAGGCAGGCGUGCCGCCGCCCGCUUUCUCCAAGCCCAACAUCGAGGGCGCCCCGGGGGCCCCCAUCGGAAACACCGUCCAGCAUGUGCAGUCUUUACCAACGGAAAAAAUCACCAAGAAACCCAUUCCAGACGAGCACCUCAUCCUGAAGACCACAUUCGAGGACCUUAUUCAGCGCUGCCUUUCUUCAGCCACAGACCCUCAAACCAAGAGGAAGCUAGAUGAUGCCAGCAAGCGUUUGGAGUUUCUGUACGAUAAACUUAGGGAACAGACAGUAAGUUUGGGGGGAAAUAGAGGAUUUAUGAUGAUCAUUUAUUCUUAGUUGCUAGUAAAAUAAGUGUCUCAUCAACACUCUCAUUUAGUACAGCUGGGGGCAAAAUUGUCAUGACAGUCACUGAAUGGGCUUUGCUCUAACCGUCCAAAUCAUAAACUUCAUUCAUUGGGUUGACGGAGUCAGACAGAGUGUGUGUGUGUGUGUGUGUGUGUGUGUGUGUGUGUGUGUG